CUCCAGCAAGGAGCCGGCGGCGAGUGCCAACAACAGCCAGCGCCCGCGGCGGAGGCGGCUUCGGGACAUGCACAAUCGGGGAAAGGAGCGGAGGGAGGAGGAAGCCUGAAGCUGCAGUCGGAGAGACAAGUUAAUGACAUUCCUGUCUCCGACCUACCUCACAGGGUUCUUGGGAAGGCCGCGGAGUUAAUGCGCGCGCUUUGCGCUGAGAACAUUCUAAAACGGCGUUUGAACGGGAAAGGGGCCGGAGGUCAGUGUCAUAGAGUGGCGUCGUGGCAGACAGAAGGUCUCAGGAGCAGGGGAAAAUGAAUGAAAUCAAGGAGAGCCUGCGGAACAUCGAACAGACUUACAAGAUCUUCCAGCAACAGCAGUUCACCUUCAUUGCUGCACUGGAACACACCCGAGAGAAUGCCCACGACAAAAUCAAGCCUGUGUCAAGCAUUGGACAGGUGCAGACCUACAUGGACCAUUACUGCAACAACUCCACUGACAAACGUAUCCUGCUCCUGUUCCUCAGCAUCUGCAGUGACUUGAACAAACUCUGCCAACGGCUGGAAUCCCUACACCCUGGUAACAGUGUCACCAAUGCCCUCUUGGACAAGUGCAAAACGUUGGUGAGCCACAGCAAUGACCUCAGUGGGAUCAGAGCCAAGUACCCUCACGAUGUUGUGAACCACCUCAGCUGCGACGAAGCCCGGAACCAUUACGGCGGUGUGGUGAGCCUCAUCCCCAUCGUCCUCGACAGCAUGAAGGAGUGGGUGGCUCACACUGAGAAGCUCCCGCGGAACAUGUUACACAGUGUGAGUGCCCGGAAGGCCGCCGUCUACAACCAGUCAGAGCAGCCCGUUCGCCGUGUGGGCGACCGCGACCACUUAGGCCGGCCCGCUUUCAUCACCGAGGGCACUCAGACCUACAUUAGCUUGACAGAAAAGGCCAGGGAGAGGGAGGACAGGAGGGUUAAGUUAAAGCAACUGGGUGGCCUAGGCAAGGCCAUCCGGAAGUUUCUCGACGGGCCCUGGAGACCGCCUGGCAAACAUGCAUUUUAAAAAAAGAGAGAGAGAGUAAAGACCAAAAAAAGAAAAAGAAAGCAGCCUGCUCGCUUAGCAUCCGGCGAUUAAAACACUCUCCCUCUA